AUGUGGCCAGGGUCCUCCCCGGUGGCGGCUGCUGGCGGGGGCAACUGGCCCUGCUGUUGUGAAUCACCUGGCACACUCGACGCCCCUCUGGGGCUGGAGGGGUCUGGGCUCCCAGCCCUCACUCCUGCCCUACGAGAACUGUCUUCUCCAGCUCCACUUCCAGCGCUGCAUCUGCACCCAAACCCAGAGCUGCUGGCAAGUCUGUUGGGGAAGGGUGAUCACCCCCAGCUUCUUCUCUGGUUCUGCCUUCUGGUGGCUCAUGACGGGCCCAUCCCUCCUUUAACAUUUCAUCCUUCUUGGCUCUCCAUUGGGCACCAGCUCCUAUGGCAUAGUCACCCCAAAGCCAAUCUCUCCCCUCCUUUCCAAAAUAGACCCCGAAUUAAACUCGGGCAGACAUAG